AUGUUGACGCCCAUUUCGCUGGCCCGUGCCAAGAGUGCAAGUGUGCUCACCCCACGGCGGUUUCGAUUGAAGACGCCAGAGCAGUCUCCGCAAUCUUCCCACAGCGCUAUGGCGGACGACAAGGUGGAGCGCUUGGCAUGGAGUCCGUUGUCGUCUCGUACCCUUUCGCCGGAGGAAGAGCCUUCUUCGAUGGAGAGAGAACGGUGGACGGACGCGACUCGAGCCGCGGCCAGGCGACCGGCAUCAUCUCAGGAGCAUAUGGAGAUGCGCUUGAAAAUGCUUGAGAGAAGGGUAGAGGACCUUGAACAUCACUUGAUCAAAGAGGCCGAGGACAGCCGCUUCGAAGAUCCUGUACCACAGGAGCUUCGGAACGAUCUCUUUGACCUGCUCCGCUUCGAGGCCACCAAGCAAGCAUCCUUGCUAGCUUCCAAGACGGAAGAGCAAUUGGCAGCUGCUGACAGGCAGUUAACUGGAUUACUGAGCAAAGCGCAAGCCCUGAUCCAGCAGAGUGCGGAGCAAAUGGAGGAACAGUUAGUCCGCCGGAGCGGGCAGUUGUUGCAAGCGAUGAAGGCGCGGCCAUGUGGUUCAGACUUGGCAGGUCGAGCCCGAGGUUUGCAGGCCGACCAGGCCAGUGAGUCACUGUUCACCUUCGAGGAUCAAGGCGAGCCCGUCCCGUCCUCAAGGUCGCGGAGGAAUGGAGCUGAGGCAAUGCUAUCUCAGCAGGAAUUGCUUCCAUCAAGGCCCAAUGGAAGAGAUCAGCCCGAAGUGGCAGGUCGAGGCCGAGCCGGACCCGUCAGUCCGACGUCUCCUAUGCGCACGGGCACCAGUGUGGCUGAGCUGAUGGCGAAGCUGCCGCGGGGUUGA